AAUAGUCACCACAAGCAAUUAUGAAUUCUAGAAGUUCAAGUUUAUCCUCUAUUUCAGAUUUAUUUCGUCCAAAUAACCCUAAGGGGCUCAGGUCAAGGGAUUUGAGUAGUACUCGGCUUAGCGUACUGAAAAAAGAAAUACAGACUGAUAUACAUCUCAUACCAUUAAAAGAACUAUUUGUAUUACUUGGAACUGAUCCUGUACAAGGGUUGUCACUUGCUCGAGCUACGGAACUGCUGGAGUAUUAUGGACCUAAUACGCUAACACCAGCUACGCAGUAUGGAUGGCCAAAGGUUCUAUUUAGGUCAUUGUGUACAGGGUUUUCAAUUCUGAUUUGGUUGGGUGCAUCAUUGUGUCUUAUUGCAUAUUUCAUUGAAACCUCCUCAAAACCAAAUGCAAGUCAUGAUAAUUUAUAUUUGGGAUGUGUUCUUAUCGCUGUCGACAUCAUAUGCGGACUUUUCAGCUUCUACCAGAAAUAUAAGAGUUCUAAAAUUAUGAAAACAUUCAACAGUAUGAUACCACAGUACUCAACGUGUAUACGAGAUGGAAUACUCAAUUCUGAGACACUGGUUCGCGAUCUGGUCAAGGGUGACUUAGUUAAAGUAAAAAUAGGAGAUGUUAUACCUGCCGACAUUCGUAUUAUUGACAGCAAAGGGUUCAAAGUUGAUAACUCGUCUCUGACUGGCGAAAGUGUCGCUGUACCCCGUAGUAAUAGUGAAGGCACACCUAAUAUAUUGGAGUCUCCUAAUGUAGCUUUCUUUUCCACACAAUGUGUUGAAGGUUGGGCGUUAGGUGUAGUCAUAUGUUGUGGAGAUUUGACAGCCCUAGGUCGUGUCGCUGGAUUGGCAGCGCGAUUGCAGCCGGCACCAUCGCCACUGUCACGGGAGAUCAAGCGUUUCAUGCAAUAUGUGUCUGUGUUCGCUCUAGGACUUGGUUUAUUUAUUGCUAGUUCCUCUAUAGCAAUGGGAUAUCCAUUUAUGCAAACUACGGUUUUUGUUAUUGGGAUCAUUGUUGCCAAUGUACCAGAGGGUCUGCAACCUACUAUUACUGCGGCUUUGACCUUAACAGCACAGCAUAUGAUUAAAAGAAACUGUCUUGUAAAGAAUUUAGAAGCAAUUGAAGCUCUCGGAGCAUGCACCACUAUAUGUUCAGACAAAACAGGAACAUUAACCGAGAACAAAAUGUCUGUUCAACACAUAUGGAUGUCUAAUACUAGUUAUUACGUAAAGGAGUCAGAAUUCGAUAAUUUGUUACGCUUUAACUCCGCUUUUAUAGCAUUGAUAAAUUGCGGCGCAUUAUGCAGCCUAGCAACUAUUAAAACUACGGGGGAGGUAUAUGGUGAUGCAUCCGAAACAGCCAUUUUAAAUUUCUUUAGCAAGUAUGAUGAUCUCAAGUCCAUUAGAAAGAAAUAUCCUAAAAUUGCUGAAAUACCUUUUAACUCUGUUAAUAAAUACCAGGUUAGCAUUCAUGAACACAGUGAGGCGUCUAACUAUAUAGUGGUAAUGAAAGGUGCGCCAGAAUGUAUUUUAGCCCGGUGUACUUCAAUUGCCUUGGACAAAAGUAAUGCAGAUAUGACUAUUGAAAUUAGAAAUGCAGCGGAAAUGGCAUGUGAAAAUUUAGCUAAAACAGGAGAAAGAAUAUUGGCUUUCGCAGAUUUAUUAUUAGAUUAUACGGAAUAUCCUUUAAACUACAAAUUCGAUACUGAUAAUGUGAAUUUUCCAUUACAAAAGUUACGAUUACUCGCAAUAGUAGGAUUGAUGGAUCCGCCCAGAAAAGAGGUUCGCCGAUCUAUUGAACGCGUACGAGAAGCUGGUGUUCGAGUUAUGAUGGUCACAGGCGACCAUCCCGCUACCGCUCGUGCUGUGGCCCUAGAUGUUGGUAUUGCCACUACUGAAAAAUGUCAUAUUCUUACGGGUUCUGACCUGCGAAAUAUGACGCCGGAUUUACUACACUGGACAUUAGACAAGCAUUAUGAAAUAGUGUUUGCAAGAACAUCUCCGACACAAAAACUUCAGAUUGUAGAAGCUUGUCAGCGGGGCGGUGAAGUGGUAGCGGUAACUGGUGAUGGGGUUAAUGACGCACCGGCUUUGCGUCGAGCCGACAUAGGCAUCUCAAUGGGAAUUACAGGCUCACAAGUAUCUAAACAAACGGCAGAUAUUAUUUUAAUGGACGAUAACUUUGCCACUCUUGUUACGGGUAUAGAAGAAGGAAGAAAAAUAUUUGACAAUUUAAAGAAAUCUGUUUGCUACAUUUUAAUAUCGAAUGUGCCAGAGAUUUUACCGGUCUUAGUAUUCAUUCUAUUUUCUAUACCAUUACCUUUGGGAGUUAUGACUAUACUGUGUGUGGACCUCGGCACGGACAUGUGGCCAGCUGUAUCUCUGGCACAUGAACCUGCCGAGUCAGAUGUGAUGACCCGGGCUCCACGCUCCUCCGAUCCGCUUGUGUCUUCCCGCAUGUUAGCACUAGUGUACGGACAUCUGGGCUUAAUAGAAUUCGCAGCUGGCUUGUUUUCAUAUUUCAUAGUUAUGGCUGAACAUGGAUUCUAUCCAGCGGAAUUAUUCGGGAUAAGGCGACGCUGGGACAAUGAAGCAGUUAACGACGUUCGCGAUUCAUUAGGCCAAGACUGGACCUACGCGGAGCGUAAGGAACUAGAACGGGCAUGCCAAACCACGUACUUCGUAGCCGUUGUCGUCAUGCAAGUGACAAACGGAAUUAUUUGUAAGACAAGAUACAAUUCGCUAUUCCAUGUUGGACUACGAAAUAAAGUUCUGAAUGUCGGUCUGGUGUUUGAAUUAGCGUUGUCUUGUCUAAUAUGUUAUACACCAGGGAUCAACAAUUUUUUUCGAACAUAUCCUUUGCGGUGGCGAUGGUGGUUAUUAGCUCUACCAUUUUCAAUGUUAAUGUUUAUAUUUGACGAAUUCAGAAAGUACUGUAUUAGAAAGGAGCUGUUUGGAGGUUGGUUCAACAAAUUAACUUAUUACUAAAAAAGUUUAUAAUAAUUGUGAGAAUAAAUAAAUGUUUAUUUUUUCUUUGUAAAAAUUAUUAAAUAAAACAAUGCU